UUUGUCAAAUGUCAAACUCAAGUGCCUCAAAUCUGUCGUAAAUCGCAACAGAAAUCUCAAUAUUUUGCUUGUGUUUGAAGGUGUUUCAGAUUUAUUUACACAGCACAAACAGCAUUUAGCAUGGCAUUAGCACUACAAAGACGCGCCAAUGUGCGGUUACCACCAGAAGUAAACAGAAUUCUGUACAUCAGAAAUCUGCCUUAUAAAAUAUCUGCUGAAGAAAUGUAUGAUAUAUUUGGAAAAUAUGGUGCCAUAAGACAAAUACGAGUUGGUAAUACACCUGAAACCAGAGGAACUGCAUUUGUUGUAUAUGAAGAUAUAUUUGAUGCAAAAAAUGCUUGUGACCACUUAUCUGGUUUUAAUGUAUGUAACAGGUACCUAGUAGUUCUGUAUUAUAGAUCUAACAAAGCAUUUAAAGGUAUGGAUAUUGAAAAGAAACAAGAAGAAUUAGACACAUUGAAAAAGAAAUAUGGCAUUUCAACUGAAGAACUUCGCAAGUAAUGAUAAGUACUAUUUGUAGGUUAAUAUUAUUAUGUUCUACUACUUUAAUGAAAUAAAUGACUAUUCUAAAAUG